AUAUUUCCUACAUGAUAAUCAACCAAAAAAAGGCUUGGAUGGUUAAUGGCAUGUGAUACUCAAACAGGAGAUGAAAAUACAAAAAUUUGAAGUUCAUGUGGAUGGUCAGACAAGUAGAAAUAUUGUGAUUUUAUCAGGGACAAGUCUGAGUGGAACUGUCUUUGUAAAUGUAUCUCACCCUCUCAAAAUUCAAAGCAUCAGUCUGUAUGUGACUGGAAAAGCAAAAUGCAAGUUUGACCGAAGAUCUGAUAAUGACAAGCGGGAAUUCACAGCCAAGGAAACUUAUAUAAAUUACAAACUUUAUCUGUUUGGAGGAUCUCAGACACCUGCUCAAGUGUUGGAGGCUGGAGAUCAUGUUUACCCCUUUCUCAUCCCUCUGGACUCCUAUGCAGAGCUCCCGUCCUCAUUUGAAGGACGUAAGGGCUAUGUGCGUUACACUCUGCAAGGACAAAUAGCCAGGCCGUGGAAAUCAGAUGAAACCAUUCUGCUCCCUUUUACUGUCAUAAAUCACUUGGACCUCAACAUGUUCCCUGAUGCAGUGAUGCCAAUCAUGCAGUACAGGAGACAAGAGAUAACUGGAUGCUGUUGUUCAGAGGGAGAGAUUAUUGUUCAAAUGAAGGUAAACAAGUCAGGCUUUGUGCCCGGGGAACCCAUCAUCUUGGAGAUGGACAUAAAUAACAAGAGUGAAAGCCCAGUGCAAGCCUGGUCAGUGGAGCUCAUCCAGGAUGUAACAUACACAGGGUUCUCCAACAGCCUGUUUUCCUCUGGAAAUCCCAAAUAUAAAACCAAGAGUGAAGUCUAUCCUUUGUAUGUUAACCAGUCUCUAGCUGUGGAUAAGGGCCAGCACCAGGUUUAUACUCGGGCCAUACCCGUUCCUUCCCUUCCCCCCUCUUAUCUCAAAGGUUGCAACAUCAUAGACAUUCAAUAUACGCUCACAUUCAGAAUAUCUACUGGUUGGAAUAAAAUCUCUGUUGACAACAGAAUUAUCAUUGGAAGCAUACCCCUAAGAACUGUGUCCCCCGAGAUGACCCAACCCAUUCCAACUGCGCCUGAGAUUCAGAACUACCCCCCACCCACAGGAAACCCCGACUUCUGGCUUACAUCUCCCUACCCAGAUGCCCCACCUGCUUAUUCAGAGUGUGUGUCCGGCCCUGUGAGACUGGAGGGUGGGGAGGAGGAUGAGGAGGAGAAUAAUGUGAUGCCGAACGCUAACUGGACCCCCGCCUACCCCGUGUAUGAUUACACCAGUCAGACGAACCAGGUGAAUCAAGCGCAGCCCAGCGCCCCACCGGCCUACGAUGAGAUUCAGUUCUCAAACAUCAGAUAACCCUCAACUACACCAGGACCUUUGUAUGAAUCAUACUGUCAGGUCAUGGGGGCACCUUGCAUGUGUAUGAAUGUUUGACAACAUAGGCAGAAAGAGGAACAAAUGACUGCAUUAUUUGAUUUACCUGUUUGCAGUUUUAUUUCACUAUAUACAUGUGUAUCAAUAGUUCAUAGUUUAGAUGAUAUGUAAAGAGCUUAAAGAACAAAUGUAAUUGUCAAAAUUUUCAACAUAUUACCUGUACUUGUUUUUAUUUUUAUUAUUAUAGUGUAUAAUUGCAUCAUGUAACAAGUAAAAGCCUAUCUUAUUAUGAUAAGUUUGAUUUAUACUAACUGCUGAUUAUCUUGAGAUACCGGUAGUCAAGGACCAGUGUGUUUCUGCUGUUUGGUAAAGUAGUAUCUAAGUCGUCUUUCAGAAAAAAGUACAUCUUGCCAAAACCAAAAUAUAUGUAAUUACCAUUAAAAGUAUUUAUACUUGUCAAUUUAUUUGAGGGCUUUUAAAAAAAAAAAAUGUAUCACCAUUGGUGAAUUUUACGAAAGGUUGAAGUUUACUUAUUGCUAAAAUUUCUUUAUACAUAUUUUUUUUAAUAAGAUGUAGACAGACCUCUUUCUCUGUUUUUUCUAUUGUACAGAUAUCUAUAUUUUGAUAUUAAAUAUUAUAAUGACAUUGAGAUCAAUAUAGGAUAAAACAAUGUUUAAUCCUCAGCAAAUUAUUAACACCAUCAAACUUUGUUAUCUCAAACAAGAUGAGACUGUCUAACACUUUGAGAUAUCCAAAUUUUUAAGAUAUUGAGGGUAAAAUACUUAAAAAAUAAGUAGUUGGGACUUACAAAUCACUUUGACAUAUCCAUUAUAUUUGAGAUAUCAGUGUUAGAGAUAUCGAAGUUUAACUGUAUCUCUUUAAUUUACCAGAUACAUGUAUGUAUUUAUAUCAUGUACAUAUAUUCUGUUUUUAUGUCUAAAAAAGGUACAUUGUAACCUAAGAUUGUUUUAUUACACUGUGGAUAUUAUCAGUGACUGUAGCUCAGUUGUAACUUUGCUCAAGAGGGUGUUUGACCCUACAGUGGGCCAAUCUGUUUUGUAUUUAAUGCAAACGUUAUGAUUGGCCGAUUGCAGGACUGAACACACAAUUGGCCAAUUAAAAUCUUUACACAAAGAAAUAAAUUUGCCUUGCCAUACAGAAGGCAUAUUUUGCUGAGAAUUAGAAAACCUUCAAAUUUAUAAAAUUCAUUUGUCAUGUAAAACUUUUAUUCUUAACUAGGUAUUAUGUGUAACAGUUGUUAAGAAGAAUCAUGCAGAGGGAUGUUAUAAAAGUCGGGUUUUUUUUUAGCUGUUUUUAUUUGGUGCUACUGUGCUUCUAUUUGAAAGAUUGUGUCAAAGGUUAAUUUAGAACUUUCUGUUGUUUGUAACUGUGGAACCAAUGACAACAUUUCAAAACAUGUUUUUUUAAAUCCUUGUUAGUAGAAAUAUUUUAAAGGGGCAUAGUCACGAUUUUGGCCAAAAAUUAUUUUUCCGAUUUUAAUGUUUACAAUGCUUUAGUAAUGCAUUUUAAAUGGGCAACCAAAAUUUGAGUGUCAUUUUCUGAGUUAUAAGAGAGUUACAAAGCUUACAAUUCUUCGCUAUGUAAACAAAGCUUUUGUUUUCAUUUUGAAUGUUGAAGUGAAAAUUGCAAUUUUAGACCCGAAAUGAAUGUGUUAAAGGUUAGGAACUGUUUAUAUAUGCCUAAAAUGAAGAAAAAGAUAGACAAAUCAGCUUAAAAAGAUUUUUACUGGUGUAUUGAACCUAUGUAAACAAAAACAGGGCACGAGCCUUGUUCACAUGACAAAGAAUUGUGAGCUCUGUAUCUUGCUUAUAUCUUAACAACUGAUUCUCAAAUUUCAUUUAAUCAUUAGAAUAAGAUAUCAAUAAUAUAAUAAUAAAUCAUAAUAAAAACAGCAAAAUAGAAUUUGACCAAAAUCGUGACCAUGCCCCUUUAAGUGUUUUUUGCAAAGUACAUGAAUGAUGGUUGAAAAGAGCAUUUGAAACACAAUUUUUUUUCAGUAUUGGUACAUAUCUAUUACAAUAUACACCUCAUGGUCAUGAGCAUAAAUUUGUUUUGCCAUGCAUACAUAGUUUUUGUUGUGAAGUGAAUUUGCUUCAGUAAUAUGAUUAUGGUGAGAAGAAUUAAGAAGGAACCUUAUCAUUUUUAAUUGUUUUUACUUUUCACCCAUAAUUUUAUAUGUGUUGUACAACUUUGUCUAAUGUAUCAAAGACACCAUAUUAUUGAUAUAUGAUUUGUGAUUAUCUGCCUUCUUAUGUUCCCACAGACCUUUAGGUAUCUGCAAAUAACGGCUUUGUUUUUUGAAUAUCGUCAUUUACCUCUACGUAACUGUAUCAUAUUGGUCAUAUUGAUUUUCGGAAAAAUAUUUUCCACGUGAAAUUGCAACCUUCAUAUAACAUGGAAAUUUUCAAAAGAAAACAAUUGAAAACUUUUCACAUGCAUCGAUUUGAACUUUCUUACAGUGUAAGGAAUUGAUACAUAUAAAAAUAUAGAUAUUGAUCAAACAAAGGAUUUAUGGGAACAUUAGACAGACUGCAGAUGAACGAGAUGGUUUAGGAAAUUGUGCAAUGAUAAAGUGGGUUUUUUUUAUUUGUACAUAUAUAUGAUUAUUCCUAUGCCAGUUGUUUAUGUUUUUUCUGGUAAUUUUCAACACAUGUACAUAUGUAGCUUGUUUACAUAAACUAAUAAUAUAUGGAAACUAUAAAAACAAUAAAAAGCAGUCAUUAUU